AUGCUUUUAGCAAAGCGCGCAUAUCCUCUGUGUCAGCGUGAUUAUAUGUCUCCGUUCGUGCAAGAUCGUCACCACUCACCAGUCAUCACACAAACUCGUCCCAGGAAAAUUUGUGGCGUGAGAAGCUGGGCCGAGCAGAGCAUGGACGGACGCAGAGCAGCACCGCCGCCGGCGUCGCGGAUUAGUGGCUGGCACGCCGACGACGAAUCCGAGCUGGACGAAGAGGAGCUCGGCGUCUUCACCGCUGAGCGCUACUUCAACGGCGCCCUCGCCGCCGAGGACGCUUUGUGGUGCGACCGCUCGUCGUCGUCGUUCUCGUCCGCGUUCAAGACAUGGCAGCACGACGGGUCUGCCCCGACGCCGACGGCUGCCACCAGCUCGUCGGAGGCCAGCUGGAACAGCCGCUCUGCGCUUCUGCCUAACCGUCCGGCGAUGGCAGUCCCCUCGCCCGUUGAGAGCAAGCCGGAUUCCAGGGCAGAGAGUGAUCAGACCGGAAGAAAGGCACGCUCGUCGUCGUCUCACCUGCGACGUUGGCUUCUCGGCAUGGCAGGGCGCGCCUGCGCCUGGGGCCACGGCGAGGAGUCGGUUGGCACCGAAGACCUGAGUCACCAUGAAUUGGAGUCCGGCUCUGGUGGCCAGAAACGCAGCCCCGAAGCGGAUGCGGCGCUGCCAAGAAUGACGAGCAAGCAGAUCGCCGUGGAGGACGGCACCACGGCGAGGGUGAUAUCUGGCAAGAGGGUCGACGACGGCGACGCACCACUUACCCUGCUGCUCGCGGAAGCUACGCACAGUCGAGCUGCAAACUCCGGCGAAUUGUCCAUGAGGAUGCUGGAUCCGGCAGCCAACGCGUCGUACAACGACCGGCUCCGGCGGGAAUCUUUGGACAUGUUUCACCAGGCAGGCCAAGGCUCUGCCAUCACAAUCGUGGCGGGAAGCACGGCGCGGGGUGGUGCCGCAACUGCAAGUGCGGGCGGCGGCGCCAGAGGAAGCCCCUCCCCACCAAGCAGGAGGCGCGACUCCGGCGAUCUCGAGAGCGUGUGCCCGCCGAGCGAGGCGAGCGUGGUCUGGAGCGUGGUCACCGCGGAAGGCGCCGCGUCCGGCAACUUCUCCAGCGCGGCCUCGGCAUGCCACUAUUACUUCAACGACGGCGACGGAGAGACGACGCGGCACACGGCGGCAGGAGGGAAGUUCAGCCGGAGGAGACGAAGCAACGGCAGCGGCUUGCUGAUGGGCUGUAUGUCCAAGAGGGCCGUCGACGCCGUCGGCGCCGCCUCGGACGCGCGUCUACCGGCCGGAGGUAGAGCCGGCGGCGGUGGCGAGGUGAGCGGCCCAGACGUGACGGUGACGCGCCGCCGGUAG